AUGGUAUCAAGUGGAAGCAAAGAACUUUUUCCUGAAAACGAAGACCCAAGGAAGAAACUAAGGGAGUUCAGCAGAGGGCCAUCAGGCAAUCUAACGGCAAGCAAACCAUCGAAACGUCAAACAAGAAGGACUCAAGACGGAAACAACCAAGAACAAGAAGAUGAAGACGCCCAAGGUACAAAACCAAAGAAGGUUGUGGUGAAAGGGUAUGAGCAAGAACAAAACCACCAAUCUGAAGGAGGCCGUGAAGAAAGCUCAGCUAUCCGAGCAAGCACCAUCAGCCAGAACCCAACGGCGCCAGGCCCGAGACAACAGACGAGCUUGCUGACCAUCUCAGAGAACCCACACAACAAUUGGCAAGCGGAAGAUGACCGUGGAGUGGGGAGGAAAGACCAUCAACAGAGCAAGUUCGCUGGAGUACUUAGGUGA